CUGCCAGUCCUGACAAAUGUCCCUAGGCAGGAGCUGAUUGGCUCCAUGUGCCUGGGACCAACUUUAAAUUUCAGCAAAGUGGGCACAGCAUCCACGGUCUGCCGCUGGAACCUGCCUCUGAAGGCGAAAGGAGCUGCCCAAGAUGCAAACAGCACUCGUGUGCCUGUGCCUGUGCCUGCUCAGCACGGCUCUCUCAACACCCGUGCCGCCGCCGCCGCUGCCUGGGAGAGCUGCUGGGAACUGCGUGGGACAGCACCGGAUACUGUUGAAAGGCUGCAAUGCCAAGCAUGGCUUCUAUGUUUUCAAAUAUGUCUACUCAUUCUCAACGCGGAGGAACCAGACGCAGAUAAAGAAGGAAGAGGCCGACAGCCAGAGCACUGUCCCCAGUCACCGGCUGGGCAAGGACAAUGCCAGGUGGGGGCUGACAGAGGACGGGGCAGCCCUGGAGCGAGGUGACAAUGGCAGCACCAGUGCAAUGGAGAACGGGACUGGCCUCAAGCCCAAAAACCGCAGUGCCCCAGGCAUUGAUGGGCAUGCUCACAGUCCUCGCCCGGGCACCAGCACACGUGCGCGCAGUGGUGUUGGCAUCGUGAGUACCCCCCUGGCCAGCUCAGAGGGCAGCGGCGACCUGGAUUUGGUGGUUGAAGUCGAUGGUGGUGUUUCCAUUGUCCCCCAGGGCAGACACCCCAAUGAGGCUGUGGUGGGGAACAGGUCCAGUGUCAGGAGUGAGGACAGGGAUGAUGGUGCCCCCGGGGGCGUUCCAGUGGAGUGGGCCACGACAGCCGGGAGGGAGAGGGCCCCUGCCACCGGAGGGGCCGGGGAUGAGGGCAGCGGUGAGGCCACUGUCCCUGGCCAAGGGCAGGAGGGUGUCAUGCAGAGCACAGGGAUGGGAGGCGCCGCUCUUGCCUCUGUCACUGAGAAGAUGGAGGAUGUCCAAGUUGAUGCCGAAGGGGUGGAUGAAUAUGCUUACAUUCCUGACUCGGGCAGCAUCACCGUCACCCAUGGGAAGGUGGGCAGCACAGCGAAGGCCACCAGCCUCUCUCCGGACAAGGACGAUGAGGUCAACAUCUUCAUUGGGAGGGCCAACAUCCACGUGGGGGAGCAAGAAACCACCCAGGCUGGUGCCACUGUUGGCAGCAAGGAUGAUGGCAUCCCCGCUAUGGGAACGAGCAGUCCCCUGCCCAGGCUGGGUGUCACUGCAGCACACGAUGACGAUGACAUCCCUGCUCGCAGGCAACCUAAAGGACUGGUCACCACGGCCACCCCAAGCCGUGGGCACAGCGUCACCACCAGCCCCAGGGUUAGCCAUCCCACAGGAGAGGAUGAGGAUGGUGCCACCACUGUUGGUGAUGGAGAAGGACCAGUGGCCCCCAGCCCCUGGAAGGUCGCUGGUGGUGACGUUACCAUCCCCGUGGGGGUUGGCAUCCAUGGGAACAGUGAUGAUGAGGUGAGAGGUGAGGGGCAGAGGUUCAAGGGGAGGCCGGGCCACCUGGCUGUCACCACCCCCCGCCAGGGAGGUGACAAGGAGGCUACAGGUGCUGUCCCAGCCGAGGGCGCCAGCAUCCGCCUGGGCACUACCAUGGCUUCCCCCAGGGUGAGCGAGGGGGACUGCACCACCGCCCUGGGGAUGGCCAGUGGCCACAAGGCAAGCGAGAGUCCAGUGGCAGGGAGGGGAGGGAGUGGGGAAGUGGGACCAGCCACCCCCCAGCCCCGUGGGGACGGACAGCCCAGAGCAGGGGCGAGGGUCCAGCCAGGGAGAGUGGGGCUGGUCAAGCCACCCCGGACAGACAAAGCACCGUCCCCACGCGGGAAAGCCGGCAGCUGGGCAUCAAGCAGGGCCCAGGCGAAGGCUGGUGGCCAUGGCAGCGAUGCCGGGGGCAGGCCACAUGCCACUGAAGUGGAGGGCAGCCUCCCUCAGCAGGCUGGGCGAGCCAGGGGAAGCAUGGUGGCAAGCGAAGGCCGGGAGCGGGGUCGAGGUGGUGAGGCCAGGGUGGCAGCGGCAGGGGCCAGGGUUGGCCGCCUCCCUGGGCACCAUGGCAGGAGGCCGGGGGCCGGGGCGCUGGGGGCAUUCGCAGCGCUGGGCCACAGCAGGCAGGUGGACCAGGUAAAGCGCGCUGACGAGCUCCACGUCCACGAGCGGGCCUUUUAUGCCCUUGGCGGGGCAGGGGGCAGCCCCCGCGGCCCCUACGCCGGCCUUGUGAGCGCCGACAGCAGCCAGUCCUCUGAGGGGGAGCAGGGCAGCCACAGCGACAGCCGACAGAUGGGACUGCGGUCCUCGGGGUGGUGA